AUUUAGUUAUGUAAUAUUAAUCUUUAAAUUAAUUAGAGUAGAGUGGGAUCGGUGGUAAGGUAUACACGGUGAACCCUCAGGUAUCUAAUUUUUACAUCGUUACAAAAGACCUUAAGUCCACUUAACUGGAACUUUUUCACUCGAUGUGGCGUUCUUCUUCUUCUCGCCGUCUCAAGCUCCUCGACGCCAACGCUACCGUUGACACCGCCGUCAUGUCCUCUUUCCACCGUCCUCGUCGAGAUGUUCGCAACCAAUGGGGCAGAGGCUUCUCCGACCGAGCCGAUUGCGGUGGAAGAGGCCAGAUAGCCACAGGAGACUCGCACUUUGACUCUGUACGAGAAACGAACUCCGGCUUCCGUGGAGGAAGUUUCUCCAAUCAAACCUCCUUUCAGCCUCAGCAAUUCCGCUAUAACCCUAGGCCUCCGUCUUCUUAUAACCAAAGCCAGCAGCAGUUUCGCCAACCACCUACGUCUCAUCCGUACAACCGUUAUCAACAGCCACGUCAACCGUUUGAUCAAAAUCAAGCUGCUCGGCCCUUCCGGCCUCGCAAUACCAAGCCCUGGGAUUAUCGGGAAUGGGAGUACGCAGAAAUUCCACCGCCUCGGCAUUCUGAGAGAUUUAUUGUCCUUUCGUAUAAUAUAUUGGCGGAUUACCUUGCUAGUACCCAUCGGAAUCUUUACUUUCAUAUACCUUACCAUAUGAUGCAUUGGGAAUGGAGAAAGAGGAAUUUAAUGUUUGAGCUCGGACUAUGGUCAGCAGAUAUUAUGUGCUUUCAGGAGGUCGAUAAAUUUCAUGACUUGGAGGAGCAAUUGAAGUCCAGGGGAUAUAGCGGCAUUUGGAAGAUGCGAACUGGCAAUGCGAUUGAUGGCUGUGCUAUCUUUUGGCGAACAUCAGGGUUCAAGUUGCUUCAUGAAGAAUAUAUAGAGUUCAACAAGCAUGAACUUCGGCAUAAUGUUGCCCAGAUAUGUGUGCUUGAGUUGUUGAGCCAAAGUACCCCUGAAAAUACUGCAGCUCCACUAAAAAGCUCUGCAAAUUCAAAUAAAGUUGUCAUUUGUAACAUUCACGUGCUAUAUAAUCCUAGAAGAGGAGAAAUUAAGCUUGGCCAGGUUAGGAGGCUCCUAGAAAGAGCUCAUGCUGUUUCAAAGAGUUGGGAUGAUGCUCCAGUUGUUCUUUGUGGGGAUUUUAAUUGUACUCCCAAGAGUCCAUUGUACAACUUUAUCUCAGAGCAGAAGUUGGAUUUGUCAGGAGUGGGCAGAGAUAAGGUAUCAGGACAAACUUCUGCUGAAAUUCCUCCACCAAGGUCAUAUAAUCCUAAUUCAGGGGCUGAGUCUGGUGAUAUUUCAGUACGAGUUCCUCCACCAGUAGAUAUCAAGGAAAUUGGUAUGGAUAAGAAUGAUUCUCCCUCUGAUACACAGAAACAAAAUAACCUAGAUGGAAAUAUGAAAGAUGCUUCUAUAAACUUGUCUCAGUCUAGUGAGACAACACAGGAUUUGGCAGAUGUGUCCUGCAACAAUUUGCAAACAGGAGGCAAUGACAGUGCACAAUGUGAUGAGGUGACCACAGAAACUCAGCAUAAUGCAGUUGAUGUUACGAAAGGUGAAACUGGAUCACAAUUCUCUAUUCCAGUUCAUAACUUCAAGAAAAGUUCAAGAUGUUGUCACAGUAAAGGAAAAUUUCCUAUAGAUCAGAUGGAUGAUGACAUGCAAAGAUUUGCUCCUGCCAAUACUUCCGGUCCUAAAAAUGUGUGCUCUAACGCGACUGAGAUGGAGCAUAUAGAAACAGAUGUCACCAUCCAUUCUAAUAAAGGCACAGGAUUUGAUGACACCGUUAUGGAUGAUCAUUCUAACAGGGUCAGAACCAAUUGUGAGUUCUUGAAUACCUGCAAGUCAGAGGUUUCUUCAACUGGGCAAUUAUGCCAGACCCACUCUCUUGAUUCAGUUGAAGUUCUUCCUUCUGGGAUCUCAAGCAGUCAGUCAUCACAGUCAGUUGCUAAUAAUGACAGGAUUGGGCCUUCAAUUCCUUCUCAAGUUGACUUCUCAGGUCUAUCUACUGUCAUUGAUAUUGAAGUAGAAGAAAAAAUGGAUAAUUUGUCUCUUGAAGGGCUUAGCAAAACUAUGGUAGAAGGUGGAAGCAUUGUUGAAGACAAUAAGGCAUUCGUUACUGCAUUAUAUGGUAAUGACGAUGUCUAUCCAACGGACUCUAGUCAAUCAGUAACGUCAGAUUGGGAUCAUUCUUCCAAGGAAUUUUUCAGUUCCCAGAACUCUCAGUUUCCAUUUUCAAGCGACAAAGUUCUAGAUGAUUUAUCACCUUCCUUGGAUUCUGAAGGUGCUGAACUUGAGCAGGCUGCUUAUGAUCCAUCAGUAUGGAGCCCAAUGGAAAUAGCAACUGCUACUGGCAAUGAGGACUGCAAUUUCCUGGAGCACCCGCUGCAGCUUAAAAGUACAUAUACAGAAGUUAAGGAUCAUCCAGGUACAAGAGACUCCGAUGGAGAACCUCUUGUGACUAGUUACAACAGGCGUUUUUUGGGCACAGUUGAUUACAUAUGGCGUUCUGAAGGUCUCCAGACUGUAAGGGUGCUUGCUCCAAUUCCGAGACAUGCUAUGCAAUGGACGCCAGGAUUCCCAACAAAGAAAUGGGGUAGUGAUCAUAUUGCAUUGGCAUCAGAAUUGGCAUUCACAAAAGACUAGAUCAAUUACGACCCUAAAAGUUAAGUGUAGCAAGGGUUUUUUCUAUUUGCGGUUUGUAAUACUAGCUCUCUCAAGAUUCAGUUUUUGCCUCAUCUUUCUCUCUUAUCCUUGUACUAUUAUUUGUGUAUUAUAUAAUUUGUUUAUUUAUUACAAUUGGAUAGAUUAAUUUCAUCAAUAGGCAAUUUUAAAUGAGAAAAAGUAUUACCAGAUCCUCCUAGUUGUAGUUUUUUCCUUCAUAAUAUUCCUUAAUGUAACUUGGUGGUAUACUCGUCGGCGUAAAUAUAGGUUUUUCCUCGACUCCAUCUGUUUACAAUAGUUGGAUUAGUUUCAGCAGCUCACAGGCUUGGGGCUGGCAGAUUUGGUUCAUUUCUUUGUACCUUUGCUCGUCACAGAUAGGGGUGUAAACGAGCCGAGCCGAGUCAAAUAGU